CAGGCCCGGCGGCAGCCCCCGCAGUCGCUGAAGCGGCCGCGCCCGCCGGGGGAGGGAGUAGCCGCUGGGGAGGCUCCAAGUUGGCGGAGCGGCGAGGACCCCUGGACUCCUCUGCGUCCCGCCCCGGGAGUGGCUGCGAGGCUAGGCGAGCCGGGAAAGGGGGCGCCGCCCAGCCCCGAGCCCCGAGCCCCGAGCCCCCUGCCCCCUGCCCCCUGCCCGCCGCGGCACCAUGCGCGCCGAGCCGGCGUGACCGGCUCCGCCCGCAGCCGCCCCGCAGCUAGCCCGGCGCUCUCGCUGGCCACACGGAGCGGCGCCCGGGAGCUAUGAGCCAUGAAGCCGCCCGGCAGCAGCUCCCGGCGGCCGCCCCUGGCGGGCUGCAGCCUUGCCGGCGCUUCCUGCGGCCCCAAACGCGGCCCCGCCGGCUUGGUGCCUGCCUGCGCCCCGGCCCGCACGCCGCCCUGCCGCCUGCUCCUCGUCCUUCUCCUGCUGCCUCCGCUCGCCGCCUCGUACCGGCCCCGCGCCUGGGGGGCUGCUGCGCCCAGCGCUCCGCGUUGGAAUGAAACUGCAGAAAAAAAUUUGGGAGUCCUGGCAGAGGAAGACAAUACAUUGCAACAGAAUAGCAGCAGUAAUAUCAGUUACAGUAAUGCAAUGCAGAAAGAAAUCACACUGCCUUCAAGACUCAUAUAUUACAUCAACCAAGACUCGGAAAGCCCUUACCACGUUCUUGACACAAAGGCAAGACACCAGCAAAAACAUAAUAAGGCUGUCCAUCUGGCCCAGGCAAGCUUCCAGAUUGAAGCCUUCGGCUCCAAAUUCAUUCUUGACCUCAUACUGAACAAUGGUUUGUUGUCUUCGGAUUAUGUGGAGAUUCACUACGAAAAUGGGAAACCACAGUACUCUAAGGGCGGAGAGCACUGUUACUACCAUGGAAGCAUUAGAGGCGUCAAAGACUCCAAGGUGGCUCUGUCAACCUGCAAUGGACUUCAUGGCAUGUUUGAAGAUGAUACCUUCGUGUAUAUGAUAGAGCCACUGGAGCUGGUUCAUGAUGAGAAAAGCACAGGUCGACCACAUAUUAUCCAGAAAACCUUGGCGGGACAGUAUUCUAAGCAAAUGAAGAAUCUCACUAUGGAAAGAGGUGACCAGUGGCCCUUUCUAUCUGAAUUACAGUGGUUGAAAAGAAGGAAGAGAGCAGUGAAUCCAUCACGUGGUAUAUUUGAAGAAAUGAAAUAUUUGGAACUUAUGAUUGUUAAUGAUCACAAAACGUAUAAGAAGCAUCGCUCUUCUCAUGCACAUACCAACAACUUUGCAAAGUCCGUGGUCAACCUUGUGGAUUCUAUUUACAAGGAGCAGCUCAACACCAGGGUUGUCCUGGUGGCUGUAGAGACAUGGACUGAGAGGGAUCAGAUUGACAUCACCACCAACCCUGUACAGAUGCUCCAUGAGUUCUCAAAAUACCGGCAGCGCAUUAGGCAGCAUGCUGAUGCUGUGCACCUCAUCUCGCGGGUGACAUUUCACUAUAAGAGAAGCAGUCUGAGUUACUUUGGAGGUGUCUGUUCUCGCACAAGAGGAGUUGGUGUGAAUGAGUAUGGUCUUCCAAUGGCAGUGGCACAAGUAUUAUCGCAGAGCCUGGCUCAAAACCUUGGAAUCCAAUGGGAACCUUCUAGCAGAAAGCCAAAAUGUGACUGCACAGAAUCCUGGGGCGGCUGCAUCAUGGAAGAAACAGGGGUGUCCCAUUCUCGAAAAUUUUCAAAGUGCAGCGUUUUGGAGUAUAGAGACUUUUUACAGAGAGGGGGUGGAGCCUGCCUUUUCAACAGGCCAACAAAGCUAUUUGAGCCCACGGAAUGUGGAAACGGAUAUGUGGAAGCUGGGGAGGAGUGUGAUUGUGGUUUUCAUGUGGAAUGCUAUGGGUUGUGCUGUAAGAAAUGUUCCCUCUCCAACGGGGCUCACUGCAGCGACGGGCCCUGCUGUAACAACACCUCAUGUCUUUUUCAGCCACGAGGGUAUGAAUGCCGGGAUGCUGUGAACGAGUGUGAUAUUACUGAAUAUUGUACUGGAGACUCUGGCCAGUGCCCACCAAAUCUUCAUAAGCAAGACGGAUAUGCAUGCAAUCAAAAUCAGGGCCGCUGCUACAAUGGCGAGUGCAAGACUAGAGACAACCAGUGUCAGUACAUCUGGGGAACAAAGGCUGCAGGGUCUGACAAGUUCUGCUAUGAAAAACUGAAUACAGAAGGCACUGAGAAGGGAAACUGUGGGAAGGAUGGAGACCGGUGGAUUCAGUGCAGCAAACAUGAUGUGUUCUGUGGAUUCUUACUCUGUACCAAUCUUACUCGAGCUCCACGUAUUGGUCAACUUCAGGGUGAGAUCAUUCCAACUUCCUUCUACCAUCAAGGCCGGGUGAUUGACUGCAGUGGUGCUCAUGUAGUUUUAGAUGAUGAUACGGAUGUGGGCUAUGUAGAAGAUGGAACACCAUGUGGCCCGUCUAUGAUGUGUUUAGAUCGGAAGUGCCUACAAAUUCAAGCCCUAAAUAUGAGCAGCUGUCCACUUGAUUCCAAGGGUAAAGUCUGUUCGGGCCAUGGGGUGUGUAGUAAUGAAGCCACCUGCAUUUGUGAUUUCACCUGGGCAGGGACAGAUUGCAGUAUCCGGGAUCCAGUCAGGAACCUUCACCCCCCCAAGGAUGAAGGACCUAAGGGUCCUAGUGCCACCAAUCUCAUAAUAGGCUCCAUCGCUGGUGCCAUCCUGGUAGCAGCUAUUGUCCUUGGGGGCACAGGCUGGGGAUUUAAAAAUGUCAAGAAGAGAAGGUUUGAUCCUACUCAGCAAGGCCCCAUCUGAAUCAGCUGCGCUGGAUGGACACCACCUUGCACUGUUGGAUUCUGGGUAUGACAUACUCGCAGCAGUGUUGCCGGAACUAUUAAGUUUGCAAACAAAACCUUUGGGUGGUAAUGACUACGGAGCUAAAGUUGGGGUGACAAGGAUGGGGUAAAAGAAAACUGUCUCUUUUGGAAAUAAUCUCAAAGAACCCCUUUCACCACCUGUCAAUAAAGGGGGAGGGGGCAAAAGACCAUGCUAUAAAAAGAACUGUUCCAGAAUCUUUUUUUUUCCCUAACGGACGAAGGAACAACACACACACACAAAUUAAGUGCAAUAAAGGAAUCAUUAAAAAACAUAGUAAAUGAUUUUUUUUCCCUCAGCCUGCUGGCACUUAAUAUCUUCUAAAUGAUUUGGCAUGAUUUUUUUUUCUUUACUACCGAUGACAAACUCCAGUGGCAUGAAGAUCUAAUUUUCGAAAGGGUAAAAACUGCAUGGCAUAUAUACAACAAGCUAGCAAGCCAAUUCUCAGCAAAACCUGCAACAGAAUUCCUAAGGUGAAGAUGACAGAUGAACACACAGAAGCUGCCUGGGCCUCUUCACUUAAACACGUCCCCACACCCCAUCCUCUCGGAGCCCCACUACUUACCCCCCACCUCCCACCCUCUAUAAUCCCCACUCCCCACUGGAGACCAGACCAGGGCAGAACUCCACGGACCUUGCUCUUGUUGAUUCACUUUCCCCAUUGUGUUUUCUCCUGGACUGAGCAUCCUUUGGAAAUGGGAGCUGGAAUUUGAACAAUGAUGCUAUUGUAUAGUUGUUUUAUAAAUGUAAAUAUGGAAAUAAGAGAUUUUGACACAUCAUUUCCACUUGUCUGUAUUGAGAUAUUUUCCUUGUAAAGGGUCUCUGUAAACUUGAGUUUAUUUUUUGCUCCCCAUCUUUUUUGUUUCUUGUCUCUCUUUCUCUGUCUCUGUCCUUCUCUCAUAAUAUGUUAUACAAUGACUCUUGGGCUUGCUUAAAAAGACAGAUGUAGCCACAGAUGCAGGGAGUUUGGGCACAAAACAAGUGCAGUUUAAAGUUGGUGUGCAUUAAACCAAAAAUAAACAAAAGGGGGGGACACAAACAACAAAAUAACCCAUAUCAAAGACACAAAAUUAAGUAAGUGGAAAUAUAUGUACUAAGUCUCAAAAAUUUUUUGAUGUCAUUAUAAACCUAUGUAUAUAAUGUAAGAAAGUAGACACCCUUUCAAAUUAAUCACAAAAGUGCCAAGCUCAUGAUUUUGGUUUUCGGUGUUGACAAUUUUCUUUCCCUGUCUUUAAUGUGAAAGGAGGAUAAACUUCAAGCCUUAAAUAAAAAAAAAAAAUUUAAAUGUUAAAAGCUUGGAAAAAAUUAAACUUUCCAUUUUAUUUGUGUUUGUUAGCGUCAAUAUUUCAUCCAUGCUUAUUUUCCUGCCUCAAAAUAUAUAUGGUAGAACCCUAUUGGAAAAGUGGUAAUGGGAAUAGAAGGAGCAGUUACCUUUGUAUCCACGUUGUUAACAUAGGAUUUUAUGCUGUGCCGUGCUUUCAAGAAACCUUGUUUGACCUCCGGCAUUUUACUGAUCAGUGGACCAUUGCACUGGAUUGUAAUGGGAUUCUACUAUAUACAAAUCCACAUUCUUCUUCUCCCUCUAGCCAGAUUUGCAGAUGUAAUCUGGGCUUUCCAAGUCCCUCUGAGUUUCCUUCACUUUUACUGAUUUUUUUCUUCUAAAUAUGGUCAAGAUAGCUUCUGUCACAUGUUAAAUAAAUAAGCUAAAGAAAUUCGGUCCCAGCUUUGUUUUAAUGUACAAACCUGUAUGUGAUCACUUCAGUGAGCAUCCAUCUAUAGAUGGGCUUUAGUAAAGACUGUCCCAAAGAGCCCCUACUUCUCUAAUGCCCUUUUUUUUUUUUUUUUUUUUUUUAAGGAAAAGGACAUGCAGUUUUACUCGUCACUUCUUUAUGACACCAAAUCCAUUGCUAGAUUUAGCUCUUGGUCCCUUUUCAGCAAGAUUCAUGUUAUCAGUCUUACAACUUUGAUUUUGGAAAGUUGGAAUGCACUGCUUAACACAGUGGAUUUUUUUCCCCCGAGGUGUCUAUCACUGGGGAAGUACCACAGUCAUAGAGCAGAAACUUUAAUUUCUAUUUUCUACAAUAGACCAUCACCAAACAUCUUACUAUGUUGUUGCUUUCUGAGUAAUAGGUGCUAUACAGGUAGGCGGGCUUUCUCUAGGACUAGCUGUACAUUUAUAUUGUAAUAACAGGGCUAUCUACAAGGCCUCUCAGCCUUACUCCUGGCUUCAUAGGACACAGGUAGCAUCCCUCUAGUUAGUGGCAAUGGCUCUUUCAGCUCGGAGGAAGCUUGGAGGAAACUCAGAUUACUUGGUAUCUUUUCCUGUUGCUGCAUUGCUUAGUGUUUCCUUGUUGCUGGUUCCUACUCUCUAGUAGAUACUAAGCUGCUGCGAAGUACACCAUACACAUUUCACUGAGAUUCCAGAGGCACCAUGGUGACUUAACAGAAAUAAAAUCGUGGUGGUUACAAAACAAUUUAAAUCUCUAUUGUUAACUUUUAAGCAUUUCACAAACAACAUUGUAAAUGUGCGAUGUUAUGUUUUAAAUCAGACCACAGUGGUCCCCAAAUAUUAUGUACAUAUGGCAAAUGUCAGUGUAACUUUUUGUUACACUGGCAAUUUCAUAGGUAAUCGAACCUAUGCUCCAAUGUUAAAGUAUUUGUGUAUAUGUAAAAUACACAAGCUUUAAGCUAUGUGUGUAUGAAUAUGAAAGAUAAUGCAACCAUAUCAAUCGUAAAAAUGGAUUAUAAUUAUUUUUGAUGGUAUUAGGUUAUGUAGUUUCAAACUCUUUGCUGUAUUUUCUUUUGCACAUGCCAUUCAUUUGCUAAUUUUUGUGGUGUGGAGAUUCCUUUUUAUUAAUUUGAGCCCAAAGCACAAGUGUAUCACUGUUUAAUGUUACCCAACAAGAGUUAGUGUUAAGUGAUGAUCAAGUUCCCAUUUCACCUGCUCUACUUUUGCUGCGUUAAUUAAUGACACCUGGAUGAGGAGACAUGCGCUAACUUCAUUGCUCAUCUGGGAUAGUGCAUGAGCCCAUUAGAGCUACUCCUACUAGAUAACUGAGCAGUACACAUAAGUGCAUGUUAUGAAACAUGAAUCACAUAGAGCUGUGGAGUUUUACCAAGUGGUGUGUGUGGUUUUUGUUUUUUACUAUGCAACGAUGGGAAAUGCACAAACUUUUCAAAGACUAGUGUCUGAAGAACUUUACAAACAAUACUUGAAUCCUUUCUUUAAAGUUAUCCCAUCAUGUUUUAUAGUCAUUGUUGCUUCCAUUGUUAAUUUCCAUUUUUAAGUGCUUUGUAAUUUUUUUAACUGCACUACCUGAAGUUUUGUUUGAAAUUAAUAAACUCAUUCAUAUCUUGUUGGCUGCCUAUGAAUGGAGAUUCAGUAGUCAUUGUAUGCAUCUUUAAGUCAAAUGUGUAUUAAAAGUUUCAUUAACAUAGAA